AUGAAUAAUAAAAACUAAGAGGUUUGUGCUCGCUAGAAACUUUUUAAUGAUCAAGAAUUUAAAGAAGUCGUGAAGACUUUUCACGAGCUCAUCAUCCAAAUAAAUAAAAGUUGAUGUGAUUUUUCAUAUUUAGGUUUGAAGAAAUAAAAGCGAAAAAAAUAACAUUAGCAGCCACAUCAACAUAUAUAAAAAAAAAAAUAAGUAGAAUUAAAAUAAUUUAAACGAAACUCUUAUCAUAUCCAAAUCGCUUAUAAGUUAUACGAAAGGAAUAAUAAAUAAAAUUAGAUCGAUGAAUGUGAUCCCACUUAUCAUUCAAAAAAAAUAAGAAAUAAUAACAGUGCCAUAGAAGUAGAAAAUCAAUAACAGACUCUUGCAAAUAACAAUCUGAAAUCAAACGAAUCGACUGUACAAAGAUGAGAC